AUUUACAGAAAGGGGACCAAGCCCUUCCGUGAAAGGCCGGAAGGCCAUCGUUGUGCUGCAAGAAGAACGAUCAGACCCCCGAUUGUUGUGUUGGAUUGCAGCGACUUGCGAGUGUUGAACUAUCAGACCCCCGAUUUUCGAUGGGAGAAGAAAAUUUUGAGGACCGAAGAGGAUCCACCGAACAACAAGCGGAUGAAGAAGAAGAAGAGGUCGAUUUUGAGAACCGAAGGGGAUCGGCCAAACAACAACCGGAGAAAGAAGGGGAAGGAAAAGGAGAGCUGAACGUUUUCGAGUUUCUUGAUUCGGUGGAUAGCUAUCUGAUCCUACUCGACUCCUUAUCUUCAAUUCUCCGCCAGGGAUGGCUGGAUUUAGCUAGUGCUCGACAUUCCAUGGGUGCUUCACGAAUCAACAGUGCCUUGAUUGACCUCAAACACCACUGUGCUGCAACAUCUUUGCAAGUCACCCAAGAGGAUGUUGAUUCUACAAUGAAGAAACCAAACUUUACUCUGUUCAAAUGGGUCUCCCCUGAUAAUCAGAAAUGCUUCUCUGAGGAAACAGAAGUUGGCAAGGAUGAGUUGUUACUAAGCAAAGCAACUAAUCCACAGCUUCGAUAUAGGGGAACAUCUGAAAUUCAGGAGAAAAGACCAGAAAGUAAUGGGCGUACACUCACAGUCGAUAAUCAACAGAUUCAAAAGGAACGGUUCAAAUUACUAUCGAUGUUUGGGGCUUUGGUUUCUCCAAAGCUUCGAGCUGCCCAACUUUCAUUCGAGACAGCUUUGGAUACCCUUGUAGAAAUAGCAAAUAUUCGAUCAUCAAUGCUGUCUGCUUAUAAUCAAGUGCAGAAAGAGAUGGAUAGAACAAGAGAUUGACAUCAAGCCAUGUAUUUAUUUCUUUCCCUUUGCUUGAAGAACACUGGUACCAGCUUCUCACUGAUAAAACAAAUACGUUGUCAGGACAUCCCUGCUUUUUGACAGAUUGUAAUUGUAUUGUAUGGUGUACGAUUGAGUAGCUGGAUUUAGAUGAAAAAGAAAACUAUUAACUCCGAUAUUCAUGUUUAUACAUUAUCAUUGACAUAUUGCCACCUUAUAUUUAGAUCAUUUUUGUUUCUGAGAA